GAACUUCUACCACUAAACAUUCAUGAAUUUUCACCCUCAAAUGAUCAAGGAUUUCUACCAUCAAAUGUUCAAGAAACUUUGCCGUCAAACAUUAAAGAACUCCAAAUGAUCAAGAAAUUACUUCACCAGAAGUUAUCAUUGAUAUUUCAAAUUUAUCAUUCAAAACUAACGAUCAAGUGA